AUGGACUCUCACCGGGCAUCAUUUAGCGACUUAGGGGAAGGGAAUGCGCACGCAGUGGAGCAGUUGGAUCCUCAUUCUCAGCCAUCCCGCGACUCGGUCGCCAGUUUUACAAGCCCCCCCUCCAGAUCUCUCAGUAUCAAGAAAACCGUCACUCCCUUACCCGCCAACCUACUCCCCUCGGCGCCUGCAUCGCCCCCGACUCCAGCGCCGAGCCCGACCCCCCAUCAACGACCCCCGAACUGGUAUUCGACCGAUGAUGAGGAGAGCAGUUUCCUGUUGAACCUACGCAUACAAUUUAGCACUCUAUCAAAUGCCCGGAAACAGAAACUUCUAGAGGGUCUGUUGGAUAUAUGCGACAGCCAGCAGUUGAGUUUCGUGUCGAGUUACGUUGGUCCUCGAUUACGGAAAGAUCCAUUCCAAGUCUUUCCCAAUGAGUUAUGCUUAAGGGUCCUCUCCUUUAUCGACGACCCCAAGACCCUCGCCAGAGCCUCGCAAGUAUCCCGGCGCUGGCGAGAACUAUUAAACGAUGACAUCACAUGGAAGAAUCUAUGCGAGAAACAUGCAUAUUCGGUGCGGCGAGUGCUUGAAGAUGAAGGGGACUUGGUUGACCCCUUCACCGCUCAUCCCGUGGACUCGACCAGCGCACGACCCUUUGGCCUGCAGCGGCGCUUAACUGCGUCAAACGGCCAGUCGACCGAGAGCGCACCGGACCUUCCCCGCACGCUUUCGGGUGAAUGGCUGCCACCGACCAGCUUCCCGUCACGGAGACGUCGCACCCGUCCUGUCUCCUAUCGUUCGCAGUUCAAGCAGAAAUACAUGGUUGAAUCGGCGUGGAACAAGGGUGGUCGCUGUACACAGCGACAUAUUACCCCCGACCAAGGCGUCGUUACUAGCCUGCAUCUGACACCGAAGUACAUCGUCGUUGCUUUGGAUAAUGCGAAGAUUCAUGUAUAUGAUACCAACGGUGACAACCAGAAGACACUUCAAGGUCAUGUGAUGGGCGUAUGGGCCAUGGUCCCAUGGGACGACAUUUUGGUCAGUGGAGGCUGCGAUCGCGAAGUCAGAGUGUGGAAUAUGGCUACUGGAACGGGGAUCCAUCUACUCCGGGGUCACACAUCGACUGUCCGCUGCUUGAAGAUGUCCGAUAAGAACACUGCCAUCUCAGGAUCAAGAGAUACGAGUCUCCGUAUUUGGGAUUUGGCUACGGGGACCUGUCGGCACACCCUUGUCGGACAUCAAGCUAGCGUGCGCUGUCUUGCUAUUCAUGGCGACCUCGUUGUGUCAGGUAGCUACGACACGACGGCACGGAUAUGGAGUAUUUCUCAAGGACGCUGUCUGCGAACACUAUCAGGUCAUUUCAGUCAGAUCUACGCGAUUGCUUUCGACGGGCGUCGAAUCGCGACGGGAAGUCUGGAUACUAGCGUUCGGAUUUGGGACCCGCAUUCUGGACAAUGUCAUGCGAUUCUGCAGGGUCAUACGUCCUUGGUUGGACAGCUACAGAUGCGCGAUGAUACGCUUGUCACUGGUGGUUCUGAUGGCUCUGUCCGUGUCUGGUCGUUGACUAAGAUGGCUCCCAUACAUCGACUUGCUGCGCAUGAUAACAGUGUCACCAGCCUUCAAUUUGACAAGACUCGUAUUGUUAGCGGAGGAAGUGAUGGCCGAGUCAAGGUUUGGAACCUUCAGACUGGCCAGCUGCUCCGAGAGCUUUCUACUCCGGCUGAAGCUGUAUGGAGAGUCGCCUUUGAAGACGAGAAGGCAGUCAUUAUGGCCAGUCGAUCUGGCCGUACAGUUAUGGAGGUCUGGUCCUUCUCUCCACCACUGGAGGACUACGAUGAUACCGCCAUCGAAAGUUCGUCAAGCACGCCGGGCUUCAGCUCCGUCGACGACAACGAACUGGCAGUUCCACCACGGCAUCGGACUAUCUUUUCCGAUCCUCCACCGUCCAUCCCACCGGGCAGUGACAGUGACCAACUCAUGCCCGACGCCUGA